AAAAACUAGAGCAUUCUCUGAAGAAAUCACAUCAGUCCACCGACUUCGAUCGUAGAUAGAUCUCAACGAAGAACAAAGAGUGCACUCUAGAAUUCUACGAAUUGUACAGCAGGCCUGCCGUGAAGUGUUCAACAAUGAAGUGUUUGAUCGUGUUCUCUGUGCUUACGCUAGGCUGUGCUUUGGCACAGAAUUUGAACGAUGGACGCUACUAUCCGGAGCUGCUGAGGGGCAAGUUCGACGAUGGCCAAUAUCGUCCGGAUAAUGCCGGUUCUUAUCGUCCUGACGGUGCCGGUGGCUUCGUUCAAAGAGGAUCCGGUGGCUUUGGAGGUCAACGAGGAGGAUCCAGUGGAUUCGGCUCUGGUACCCGUUUUGCAUCAUCCAAUGCAAACCGAGCGAGGCCCAGUGCUCCAGCGAAGUUCACUCCAGUCUUCUCUCAGCAAAGCGCCCCAGUGAAAUUCACUCCAGUUUUCGCCCAGCCUAGUGCCCCAGUAUUUGUCCCAACGUCGUCCACUUUUGGUUCCAGCAACAAGAAUAGAGGAUUCGGAGGCUCCAGUGCAUCCCGUGACGGUGCGGACGGUGUCAAGGAGGAUACCCGUGAGAUGAACGAAGAUGGCUACUCCUAUCGCUUCUUGACCGAGAACCAAAUUCAAGUGGCCGAAACAGGACGUAUCGAAAACCGUGGAUCCGAUAAUGAGGUGCUGCGUACCAAUGGAUUCUACGAAUUUGUCGGCGAUGAUGGUGUUCGCUACCGAGUUGAUUACGUUGCUGAUGAGAAUGGAUUCCAAGCUCAGGGUGACCAUCUGCCAACUCCACCUCCAAUCCCGGAGGAAAUUGUUCGUGCUCUGCAGCAGCUGAGCCAGAACUAAGGAGUAAGACAUUAGACUUUUGGUGUAUAGUUAAAUUUAUGCCAUACAAAAUAGAUGUCUAUUCCAGUGCCAUAUACUGUAGUCUAAAUGAUAAGAAAUAAAUGAAAUAUUUAU